AUGGGCUUCAUCGCAAGAGAUCGGCAGAAUGCCGUCGCCGAAGAAGCUGUUGCCAGUUCCAUCAGUGCCGUCUUCAAGAGCUUGGCAUCAGGUGGAACUGCCACCAGGCGCAUCCGAGAUGUGCUCCCGGCCCUCGCUGAGAUCAAGCAGAACUCCGGGAACAUUGGGCAAAUCCCAGCGUCUUUCGUCUACAUUCUCCGCUGUUUCAGCAUCUUGGAGGGACAUGGGCUGUGCCUGGAUGAGCAGUACAGAAUCGUGGAUGACUGCUACCCGUACUUGGCUUCCUGGACUUUGAGAGCGAAGUCUCCGGAGGCAUUGCCCCUCAUCCGCAGUGUCCUCUACGGACGCGGUGCCAGUGCCGAGUAUCCGGUGCCAGAUGCUGAGCAGGUAUUGGCCUUGCUGCGAGGCCUCGCCACGCGAGUCCAGCAGGACGUCACUUCGGCCUUGAGAGAGGAAGAGCCCCUCCGAGACCACGGCAGGCUCGUCGACGACUUGCGCUCCACUUUGAGGAGUUUGCAGCGUGCUCGCGCACUUCAAGGUGUACUCCUGGAAGAGGCAGCCCGGCUCACGGAUGUCUUGGUUCGCGAGGCCCUCGCUGCAUCCGCACCGCAAUUCCUGGUCGCCUCUGGGAUACCACGCAACGAGGAGGACAAAGCUGUUUUGAAAUCUCUGCGGAAGCUCAUCGCAGCUUUGGCAUCGGAGAUAGAGGCCGUGGAGGUGGAUGCUGAUGAGCUCCGGUCCCGGGCAAGCCCUUUAAGCAG